AUGCAGUUCCUGACAAGAUUUGCGGUCUUGGCCGGCCUUGCCACCAUUGGCAGCUCGCAGUCCUUGACCAAGGUCAACGAUUUCAAUGCCGGCCCCACGAAGCUCGGGAUGUAUGUUGUCGUGCCCAAAACCCUCACGACGCCAGCGCCGAUGAUCGUGGCAGUACAUCAUUGUCAAGGAUCGGCCCAGGGUUACUCUACCGAAUCUAAAUAUAUGUCAUUGGCGAGCUCGCACAAUUUUAUCGUCAUCUUCCCCAACUCGAAAUCUGGCGGUGGCUGCUUCGACGUUGCCUCGACUGCUACUUUGACCCAUAAUGGUGGCGGCGAUAGUCAGACUAUUGUGAAUAUGGUCAAGUAUGCAGCAGAGAAGUACGGUGGAGACUUGAAUAGGACAUUUGUUACAGGGACCAGCUCGGGUGCCAUGAUGACAAACGUUCUCGUCGGAGCCUAUCCCGAUGUAUUCAAGGCUGGAUCGGCCUAUUCUGGAGUACCAGACGGAUGCUUUUACGUAGCGGGCUCGACUGCCACUCAGGACCCGCCAGGUUGGAGCAACUCUUGUGCCAAUGGACAGACUACGAAGACUGCACAGCAAUGGGGCGACCUCACGCGAUCCUACUACCCGAACUACACUGGCCCCCGGCCCAGGAUGCAGAUCUGGCACGGAACUGCUGAUAACACGCUCCACUAUCCGAACUACCAAGAGGCGAUGAAGCAAUGGUCCAAUGUCUUGGGCUUGACGACAUCGAAGCAAACAGCAAACACACCUCAAAGUGGCUACACGCAGACUAUUUACGGGGAUGGAACAACGACAACAGCGCAGCUAGUAGGCUACAGCGCCCAAGGUGUCGGCCAUUCCGUGCCAAUCCACGAGACAAUGGAUCUCGCGUUCUUCGGAAUCGCGUAG